AUGUCGGCCCGACAUGUUUACCCCUCUCACCAUCGGUCGAUUGAACUUGACGGAGAUCAGUUAGGCCCGGAAGAGAGACGAAUCGGCAUAAAGCACCCUCGGUAUUUCACAUGA